GCGGGAUCAGCCAAAGGAGGAGACACGUGGGGCCGGGAGCAGCUGCCGGGAGCGCAGGUCUGUCUUCGGGGUGCUCAGCCCUCGCCAUGCCCACCCUGUACCUCUCCCCGCACCCGGAAAAUUUCCAGAACCACCGGGUGCUGAUCGCAGCCCACUAUGCCCCCACGCUGCCCGAGGUGGUGGAGCUGCCAGAGCAGGGGCUCCCCCUGCAGCCCCCUGCCUCCUGCCCCCUGCCCAAGCUGCCGGCGUUGGAGAGCCGGCCGGGGGUCUGGGUCUCAGGCCCGGCUGCCGUGGCUCAUCUCCUGUGCCCGGAGCAGCUGAGGGGGCAGGGGCCAGCUGGGGGCGCGCUGGUGCAGCAGUGGGUGAGCUACGCUGAAGGGGAGAUUGCCCCUGCCGCGUGCGCAGCCGCCUUCUCCGCCCUGGGUCUGGUGGAGCAGAGCAAGCAGGUGGUGGAGCGGGCGGUGGCUGAGCUGCACCGGGCGCUGGCCGUGCUGGACGGGCGCCUGAAGCUGCACACGUACCUGGUGGCUGAGGCUGUGACGCUGGCGGACGUGACCGUGGCCUGUGCCCUGCUGCUGCCUUACAAAUACGUGCUGGAUCCCCCGAGCCGGGCUGUUUACCCCAACGUCACACGCUGGUUCCUGACUUGUGUCAACCAGCCCCAGUUUCAGGCCGUGCUGGGGCCGGUGAAGCUGUGUGAGCAGGCGCGUGGGGGUGAUGCCCCCAAACCAAAGAUGCAGGAGCCUGUGGUGCCUGCAGAGAUGGGACCAGCAGCAGGGUCAGCCCCUGGCCCUGGGGAGGCCCCGGUCAAGAGUGCCUCUCAGCUGAAAAAAGAGGCGAAGAAGAAAGAGAAGCUGGAGAAAUUCCAGCAGAAGAAGGAGAAAAGCCAACAGCAGCAGGGGGAGAAAAAAGCAAAAGCUGAGAAGAAGGAGAAGAAAGACCCUGGCGUUCUGACCUACGACAUCCCCACGCGCCCGGGGGAGAAGAAAGACGUGACUGGCCCCAUGCCCGACGCCUACAGCCCGCAGUACGUGGAGGCAGCCUGGUACCCAUGGUGGGAAAGCCAGGGCUUCUUCAAACCUCAGUACGGGCGGCAGUGCGUCUCGGAGCCGAACCCCAAAGGUCUUUUCAUGAUGUGCAUCCCACCCCCCAACGUCACCGGCUCGCUGCACCUGGGCCACGCGCUCACCAACGCCAUCCAGGACGCCCUGACCCGCUGGCACCGGAUGCGCGGCGAGACGACGCUGUGGAACCCGGGCUGCGACCACGCCGGCAUCGCCACACAGGUGGUGGUGGAGAAGAAGCUGUGGCGGGAGCGGGGGCAGACGCGGCAUGAACUGGGCCGGGAGGCCUUCAUCCGCGAGGUCUGGAAAUGGAAGAACGAGAAGGGCGACAGGAUCUACCAUCAGCUCAAGAGGCUCGGAUCAUCCAUGGACUGGGAUAGAGCCUGCUUCACGAUGGACCCGAAACUGUCCUAUGCUGUGCAGGAAGCCUUCGUCCGGCUGCACGAGGAGGGGGUGAUUUACCGCAGCAAACGCCUGGUCAACUGGUCCUGCACCCUGCACUCUGCCAUCUCCGACAUUGAGGUGGAUAAGAAGGAGCUGUCCGGCCGGACCCUCCUGCCCGUCCCCGGGUACAAGGGCAAGGUGGAAUUUGGGGUGCUGGUGUCAUUCGCCUACAAGCUCGAGGACUCAGACGAGGAGGUUGUCGUGGCGACGACGCGGGUGGAGACCAUGCUGGGGGACACAGCCGUGGCGGUGCAUCCGCAGGACCCCCGAUACCAGCAUCUCCAUGGGAAGCGCGUCCUGCACCCCUUCACCGGCCGUCACAUGCCUAUCGUCUGUGACGACUUCGUGGACAUGGGCUUCGGGACUGGUGCGGUGAAGAUCACCCCGGCCCACGACCACAACGACUACGAGGUGGGGCAGCGCCACGGCCUGGAGUGCGUUACCAUCAUGGAUGACAGCGGGUGCCUCAUCAAUGUACCUCCCCCCUUCCUGGGUAUGAAGCGGUUCGAGGCCCGGGGGGCUGUGCUGGAGGCCCUGAAGCAGAAGGGGCUGUUCAAGGAAGUGAAGGACAACCCCAUGGUGGUGCCGGUGUGCAGCCGCUCGAAGGACGUGGUGGAGCCGCUGCUGAAGCCGCAGUGGUACGUGCGCUGCGAGGGGCUGGCCCGGGGGGCGGCCGACGCCGUGCGCCGUGGGGACCUGCGCAUCCUGCCCCCCUUCCACUGCAAGACCUGGUUCCAGUGGAUGGACAACAUCAGGGACUGGUGCAUCUCCCGGCAGCUAUGGUGGGGCCACCGCAUCCCGGCCUAUUUUGUCACCGUCGACGACCCCUCGGUGCCCCCAGGAGAGGACACGGAUGGCCGAUACUGGGUGAGUGGGCGGAGCGAAGAGGAGGCCAAGGACAAAGCGGCCAAGGCCUUUGGGGUGACCCCGGACAAGAUCUCACUGCGUCAAGGUAUGCACCUGGCUGUGUUUCAGGUUUACCUUCAUGCCGUUGUCCGCGACGCCCACGGCAGGAAAAUGAGCAAGUCAUUAGGCAACGUCAUCGACCCGCUGGAUGUGAUCAGCGGUAUCACGCUGGAGGGUUUGCAUGCGCAGCUCCUGGAGAGCAACCUGGAGCCGGCCGAAGUGGAGCGAGCCAGGCAGGGCCAGAAAAGCGAUUACCCUGCUGGGAUCCCGGAGUGCGGCACGGACGCCCUGCGCUUCGCCCUCUGCGCGUACACCUCCCAGGGCCGCGACAUCAACCUGGACGUGAACCGCAUCCUGGGGUACCGGCACUUCUGCAACAAGCUCUGGAACGCCACCAAAUUCGCUGUCCGCAGCCUGGGGGCCGAGUUCCAGCCCCCGCCCGGACCAGAGCCCAGCGGCGCCGAGAGCCUGAUCGAUCGCUGGAUCCUGAGCCGGCUCAGCCUGGCCGUGGAGCUGAGCGACGCCGGGUUCCAGGCCUACGACUUCCCGGGCGUCACCACGGCCAUCUACAACUUCUGGCUGUACGAGCUCUGCGACGUCUACCUGGAGUGCCUGAAGCCCGUGUUCGCCGAGGGGGAGGCGGCUGCGGUGGCGGCCGCCCGCUGCACCCUCUACACCUGCCUGGACACCGGCCUGCGGCUCCUCUCCCCCUUCAUGCCCUUCGUCAGCGAGGAGCUUUUCCAGCGCCUGCCCCGACGCACCCCCCAUGCGCCCCCCAGCAUCUGUGUCACCCCCUACCCCAGCCCUGAGCAGCUGCAGCAGAGCCAGACCGAGCUGCAGAAGGUGAUGGAGGCGAUUGAGACUUUCCAGAGGAUGAUCUGA